AUGAUAUCAGCCUUCUCAUACCUUUAUACAAGCACCAAAAGUAGCACAGAUCAAUACCAAGAACAACGGAUUCAAAAGAGAGAAUGGAGGAAAACAAUGAUGGAUCAAAAGGGAUUUGGAAAUGGGAAUGGAAAUGGGGAUGGAAAUGGAGAGAAAUAUGAAUCGAGAAGAUCGGUUUUUGGAGGAGAGAGAAGGAGGAGAACGGGGAGGGCGGCGUCGGGGUGGUAUGGUGAUGUAGGUGUGGGUGUGGGUGUGGAGGGGAGAGAUGGGGGGUUAGGUGGUGGUUUGGAUGGAGAUGAUAGGGGGAGAGGGAGAAGAGAAAAGGGAAGAAUGUCUGUUUUGGAAGAUGGGGGGAGGAGAGAGUGGGGGUGGAAAUGUAAAUGGAAAUGGAAAUGA